UGCUCCAUGGCGAUGAUAAAGUUCACUCCAUCGCAGAGAUCAUUUAAUUACUUUUAAAUAUAUAAGUGGGCGGGCCCAUGAAUCCAAAAUAAUUUGAAAACCUAGAAGCGCUCUUUCUCGGGACGGUUAAAAUUUCCUUAUUCGCCAAUUUUAAGACCGUACUUAUAUUACCAGCCCACUCCAUUCCUUAGAGCCUGCUUUGAUUCCCAACUGCAAUGUCCGCAUCUACGCUCUCCAUUAGCGCCAACCCUGCCGUGUCCGCUCGUCGCCGGCCUGUCCUCCUUGCCGAAAAUAAAUCGAACUUCGAAUCAUUGCCCGCCGAACCUAACCCUAAUGGAGUUAAUGUUGGCGAAGAUAAAGCUACCGGCGCCGCUAACAGCAGAGAUCUGAGCCACCAUUCGGUCCGGGGCGAGGCGUUGAAGGACUUUGGGCAAGCCAGAAAAGUCACUGUGGCUCAAAACUCAAACGUUCCGCUGCGGCGGACACGGAAGGGAGUGGUCAACAAGACGGAGAAACCCCGGUGGCAGACUGUGGUUAGUAUUUUUAUUAAGAAUUUAGUGCUUUUACUUGUUUUGGCUGGGUUAGUUCAGAUUAUUAGGAGAUUGGCUUUGAAAUCGGGGGAGGUUAGUAGGGCUGGGACAGAGGUCAGCCUAACCGAAUUUGAAGGUAGAGUUGCUGAGGUUGAGAACUUUUUGAAAACUACUGCUAAAAUGAUACAGGUUCAGGUAGAGGUUGUUGAUCGGAAACUUGACAAUGAAAUUGGUGGGUUGAGGAGGGAAUUGAAUGAGAGAAUAGACGAUCAAAGUGUGGCAUUGGGGAAUUCAUUGAAAAUAUUGGAAGAAAAGAGCGAGGGAUUGGAUAAGUCCUUGCGUGAAUUGAAGAGCGCGAAUUUGUUGACCAAGGAAGAAUUUGAGAAUAUGUAUGAACAAAUGUUUAAAGAGAAGGGUGGAAAUGGUAAGAUUGAAACGGCAGUGAGUUUGAGUGAUAUAGGAGCCUAUGCAAGAGAGAUUGUCAAGAAUGAGAUUGAGAUGCAUGCCUCAGAUGGGCUUGCCAGAGCCGAUUAUGCGCUGUUUUCGGGUGGAGGAAAGGUUGUCAGGCAUUCCGAGCCCUUUCUUGCUGGAAAGGGAAGCAACUGGUUUUCAAAAGGUAGUCAAAAUAUGGUUCAUCCCGAUGCAGACAAGAUGUUGAAGCCUAGUUUUGGGGAACCAGGACAGUGUUUUCCGUUAAAAGGAAGUAGCGGGUUUGUUCAGAUCAAGCUGCGUACGGCUAUUAUCCCUGAGGCUAUUACUUUGGAACAUGUUGCCAAGAAUGUGGCAUAUGAUAGAUCCAGUGCACCCAAGGACUGCCGUGUCUCUGGUUGGAUGCAAGGUCGUGAUCUUGAUUUACCAAUUGACCCCAAUAAGAUGUUUGUUUUAGCAGAAUUCAUGUACGACCUUGAGAAGAGCAGUGCUCAGACCUUCGAUGUAUCAGAUGCGGGUGGUGUUGGCAUUGUGAACACAGUUAGGCUAGAUUUCUCUUCCAACCAUGGAAGCACUUCACAUACCUGUAUUUAUCGAUUGAGGGUGCACGGUCAUGAGCCUGACUCUGUUUCAAUGGUAAAAAUGUAGCCUUGAGGUACAUCCGGCCAUGCAUUUGCUAUCUGCAUUAUUUGUGUAAUUGUUAUUUUGUGUCUCUGUAUUUAGUUAAAUAGUAUGUAAGUUAUUGGACUCACUAGAUACAGAUUCCCUUCUCCUAUUCUUUGCGUAGCAAAUGAGUGUGAAUGUACUCGUAAUUUUCCAGAUAGGCACUACUUGAACUAAGAACAAUGAGCGAAAAUGAACCAGAACCAGAGUGUUUUGUCUGAUAGACUUCCACUGAUCGUUUCGGGAAUUCAAGACUACUCUUUCUUGAUUAA